AGAUAAUUAGAAGAUGGCAACUUAAAAAUACGAAGAAGCACUAUGACGAAAGCUGUCGUGGGAGCGAUGCAGAAAUCAGAUGCAGCUGAUGGAAAUAAUCCUAACGAUGAAAAGAUCUGGCCUCAGGUGUUGGCUAUUUUGAUAGCAUCGUUAGGAGCAUUCACCCAAGGAGUUUGCUUUGCAUGGACAUCUCCGUUUAUAGUCAAACUAGUAGAAGACAAAGUAAACUACGAUAUCUCCGAACAAGAAGCUUCUAACUUAACGAUAGUCCAACCUUUAACAGUAAUCUUGACAUGCAUGAUUUUUAGUAAGAUCCCUGACAUCAUCGGCAGGAAAAAGACUCUACUUUUGUUGAGCAUCCCACACAUCAUCGCGCUUACCAUCGCUGCGUUUGCUAAGAGUAUUUAUGUAUUUUAUGUGUCAAGGAUGUUUGUUGGGCUGGCAAACAGUUUUUUAUGGACCGCGAUGCCAAUGUAUAUUGGAGAAGUAGCAUCGCCUAAAAUUAGAGGGGCUCUAGGUACGGCUAUCACGUUUGGACUUAACGUUGGACAGUUUGCUGUUAACAUAGUAGGUAGCUACACCGAUGUAUUUACAACAUCCUUCGUCUUCUUACCUGUACCAAUAAUAUUUGUGGCUUUGUUUGCAUUGAUGCCGGACACACCAUACUAUUAUUUAAUUAAGCACCAAGACGAAGCUGCAAAGAAAUCUUUAAGGUUCUUGACUAGAAAAAGCAACGUUGAAGCUGAAUUAAAAAAACUAAAAAGUGACGUGGAGCGUCAAAUGUCCGAGCAGGGCACCUGGAAAGAUCUGUUUUGUAUAGACAGCAACAGAAAAGCUCUCUUAGCUGGAUUUUUUUUAAGAAUAUCGCAGAUGUUUAGUGGGAAUAUAGUGUUCGUACAGUAUACUCAAUUGAUCUUUAAAAAAGCUGGUGGUGAUGUUAGCCCCGAAGUGGCUUCUAUUAUAUACAAUGUUCUCUCUAUUGUACUUCAUAUAACCGUUGUCUUAUUUAUAGUUAAAAGGUUUGGCAGGAAACCUUUGUACACCUGGUCAUCGGCUCUUUGUACGAUUGUACUUGCUGUAAUGGCUGUAUAUUUCUAUGUUGACGAAAAUAUGGUAGAAAUUGAUACAUCUUCAUUAAGCUGGUUACCUAUCACUGCAGUAGUCAGCUACCAAGUGGUAUCUUCUUUCGGCGUCACGGUGAUGUCCAGUAUGAUGUUAGGAGAACUAUUUUCAGCCAGUAUUAAGUCCAAAGCAAUGUCUGUUUCGAUGCUUAUUAUGGCGUUUGGAACGUUUUCCUCUAACGCAUUAUUUAACCUUUUAAAUUCAAAUGUUGGUACUUAUGCUCCAUUUUUACUAUUUACUAUUUGCACUUUGAUCUCAACCGUGUUGUCGUUGUAUAUGGUCCCUGAAACUAAGGAUAAAACGCUGGAAGAAAUUCAGAUGUAUCUUAAAGGAAAAAAGAAAAGUUUAACUGCGUUAUAAUGACGUUAAGAGAGUGCUGACAUUAUUUAAAUAUAUCCAAAUUAGAGUUAUACUCACAUAAAAUAAAAACAGUUUUGCUUUG